GGCUGGCCUUCGCAGUAUCAGCCUCUCCAGCGCCGCUGUGUUUACAUCCGACGCCGACUCUCCCGGGCUGGCCUUUCCAGCCUCGGCCCGCGGCUCCCACUCACCUUCCUCUCUCGCCUCCCCCAGUCCCCUAGGCCGGGUCAAUGCGGUGCCUUCCGCCGCCGGGCCAUGGACACCAGCGACCUCUUCACCAGCUGCAAGAAAGGCGAUGUUUGCCGCGUGCGAUACCUUCUUGAACAGAGAGAUGUUGAAAUCAAUGUCCGAGAUAAAUGGGACAGUACCCCAUUGUAUUAUGCUUGUCUCUGUGGUCAUGAAGAGCUUGUACAGUACCUUCUAGCCAAUGGGGCAAAGUGUGAAGCAAACACCUUUGAUGGGGAGCGCUGUUUAUAUGGGGCCUUGAGCGAUGCUAUUCGGCGGGUGUUGAAGGAGUACAAGCAGAUCACAGCAAAGUGCAUGAAGAGGGACUACUAUGACGUCUUCCUUCAACGGCUUCUAGAGCAGGGUUACCAAAGUGACAUUGUCUUUAUUGUCCAUGGGAAGUCUUUCUGUGCCCAUCGCUGCAUACUCGGUGCUCGAAGUGCAUAUUUUGCUGAAAUGUUUGAGACCAAGUGGAAGGGGAAGAAUGUCAUAGCACUGAAGCAUCCCCUGAUCAAUCCAGCGGCCUUUGGCUCCCUUCUGCAAUACCUCUAUACAGGCCGUUUAGACAUAGACGUUGAAUAUGUGAGUGACUGCAAAAGAUUGGCCAAACAGUGUCGGCUCCAGAAUCUCAUUGACGACUUGGAAACCAAGUGUAAAAAGGUGUAUGAAUUUGUCUCCUCCAAGCCAGGGACCUGUGUGAAGGUGCUGACGAUUGAGCCCCCAGGUAACUCACGGCUGCAGGAAGAUCUGGCUCUGCUAGCAGACUGCGCCCUGCCAGCCGAACUCAGGGUAGGUUUUGGAGAGUUGCCAUUUGAUAGCACUGACAACUUCAGCAGUUGCCCUGACGUGUGUUUCCGUGUGGCAGACUACAAUUUUUUGUGCCACAAGGCAUUUUUCUGUGGCCGCAGUGAUUAUUUCAAAGCCCUCCUGGAGGAUCACUUCUCUGAAAGCGAGGAGCUGCAGACCCAACCCAGCAUCCCCGUCGUGACUCUUCAUGACAUUUCGGAGGAGAUCUUCAUCAGGGUCCUCUAUUACAUCUACAGUGACGACACAGAGCUUUCGCCUGAGAAUGCCUACGAGGUGCUGUGUGUCGCAGACAUGUACCUAUUACCUGGGCUCAAACGUCUAUGUGGGAGAACUUUGGCCCAGGUUCUUGAUGAGGACAGUGUAGUCAGCAUCUGGAAGAUUGCAAAGCUGUUCCAGCUGACCCGACUGGAGGACCAGUGCACAGAGUACAUGGCAAAGAUCAUUGAGAAGCUAGUGGAGCUUGAGGAGUUUGCCGUGGCAGUGAAGGAGAACGCCGAGGCGGUGGAAGAGCGGCAGGAGACAGACUCCAUUCCUCUUGUUGACGACAUCCGUUUCCACAUAACUAGCAACGUACAAACAUACAGUGCCAUUGAAGAGGCUAACCAAAAAUUGGAUGCUCUGGAUAACCUUCUGGCCAGUAUAGGACUUGAAUGCUAAUCUGGGACGUCUCCUUGUGUGACUAUAUGGCGGAUCAGCUCAAAGUUCAAUUAUUGAUGCUAUUCUCUUCUUUUUCUCCCUCCUUGCUCAUGAAUCUUGUAGCUCCUUACUCUUUUAUGCAUGGUUUUAGUUCCUGACAUUUUUAGUAUCUUGACUAUGGCAUCCUGAUACAUUUUCUUCCCCCCCCCAAAAAAAAAACAGAUCUCAAAAGCAGCUCAGAUUUUAAAUGUGAAUCUUGCUCUUUGUACACGAUAGUGCUGGUGGAUAGUUUGUAAGCCCAAUAUAACGAAUGUACUAUUUGGCACGUUGUAAUAUCACCAGAUGUUGCAGGCUGACAAUGCCUAGUGAAAAUUGGUGCAAACUGCAGAGCAUUGGCAAAACAGGUUCCUGCAAAGAGACCAAAGGAGAUGAAAUUCAAGACAGUGACUAUUGAGGAAUAUAUCAGAUCUAUAUUUGACAGGUUAAGCAGGGAGUUAGAUGCUUUUACAGAACGAUAGGGGUGUUGCAUUGCUGUGAUAACUACACUUUCCUGCUUCUUGCCUUGCAGAAGACAGUCCCUAUUCAUCCUGUAGCCUGUCUUACAGAUUUUCCGAGUUGGAGCAGAAGACAACCCUCAGCUUAAUUCCGAUGCCUUGUUCUUUCAGAAGCUCAUGUUAAUUCACAAGUUUGUUUUUUAUUCCCCACUUCCAUUAUACUCAUUGGAAUACAGUUCUCUUCCAAAUUGCAUGGCUUGGCGUUUGUCUUGGGUACAGAAACACUUGGCCACUUACGGUUUUGUUGCUGCUGCUUUUGUAAGGGGCAGUCAAAUGUGGACGUGCAGCAGGAACGCUAGUUAUAUAUCUGUUCCAUUGCAAGCUUAGUAGUGACAUUUCUUAGAUUUGACGGGUUUUGAGGGUUUAGUUGAAGUGGUUUACACUCUUCAAAUUCUGGUAUGGAUUAUGUAUGUGUGUUUACAUCUGAGCGUGGCAUGCAUGCAUGAUACCAUGGUGGACAGAUACAUCAUUGCUUUCCUGUGCUGUGUAAGCAGAAAUUAGCCCUGUGCAGAUGUUGGUAUUCUAUGGGAUGGGGGAAUUAUCAUCAUGAUGACUAGCUCCACCCCAUUGUCUGAACAUUUGACAUCAAAUUUGCAUAUGUGCAUAGAUCCAACGCAAUACUGAAGUUUAUAGAUCAUGCAAUUUUGGUUGAUGCACAUUGGGGGAUCUUAUACCUGGUAUAUACAGGUGGAUCCCUAUGCAAAUGUAAUAUUCAGCACAUGGCUGUUGGGUGCACUGAUAGCAUUGGGUCAAAUGACAUAUUCUCAUACAGUGCUAGUAUCUAUUUUAGGCUGUUGACAACAGAAGGUAUAACUGGCUAUGUGAGGCUGACAGUUAUGGUUGCUAAGAGUGAAAAGAGAAAUAAAACCCUACAUUGGCAAAGUGGGACACAUGCAUCCCCCUUGUUCUAUGUGAAUGAUAUCUAGGGACUGGAGACAUGCAAAGCAAUGGGGCAAGGACAUAGGAGUGGCCUCAGUUUGCAUUACCUAUGUGCUGUUCUGAUUGGCCUGUGUUAACCUGCGUCAACAUUUUGGGCCGAUAUACUGCAUAUUGGAUGUUGGAGAACCAGCUAUAGGGGCUAAGCUGUUGGUGACCAAAGUCUAAGAAAACAGUGGCUCACCAACACCCAGAGGGUGUUGUGUGCUUUCCCCCCACUCCUCGCCCCAAAGCGUGGUGCAGUCAGGGCUGCAUUGUGCCCAUUCCAGCUUCACUGUAAGUAUUUAUCUCUCUGGUGAAUUUGGUAAAACAUCAGGCAUGCCCUGGGGUGUCCCUUAAGGCUACCAUGCAUUCAUGUGUUUUAAAGGCAGAAAACUUCCUUUGAUUUUCCUAGUGAUCACUUCUUUGAGACUUUGGCAUUUUCUCCCUGGAUGAUAGAAGGAAUCUAGGGAGGUUUUGGGGGAAAUUGAUAAAUGCAGGAGAGGGGUGUGUUGCCAAAUCUGGAAACUUUUACACAAGCCAAGAACAUGCAGGGCUCUGUAGCACUUUGCUUCUUUAGGAUUAUGUGCUUAUGGAUACAAAUUUGAAAGAGAUGAGGUCCAUACUGGAUUAUCUUAGCUAUGCAGAGGAUGAUUAUUCCUAUACAAACACUGCUGCUGAGUGUUACUGCAAUUGCAUUAGUGGAGGCAUUGAUAUGGCAGAUGUGAUGCUGUUGCCCCCAUUACUUCAACUUUCCAUGCACUGAUAAGUACUUGCAACCUAAGUGAGGCCAAGAAUGUGCUUCUUCCUUUCCAUGACCAGGGCUGUGAUGAAGUGAUAAACCUAUGCUGCUCCCCCCACCUCAAUUUUCCUGUAUAGUUCUUUAUUGUGACUUGAAGGUACGUAAUAUUAUGCAACCAUGUAAGCAGAGUUGGGGCUCACCAGAAGGUAUUUCUUGCUAAGCUAGACAUACGUUUCAUUAAAUGCUUUGUGUCAGGCUUGAGAUGCAAUGGAAAGAGAUUGAUAUGUGUGUGUCCAAUGUCUUAGAAGACAGCAACUCGUGCCACUGGAGGGGUACGGUAGCUAAACUGAGUAUGUUUUUGGUGUUGCUUUGGCUAUCUCCAAAGGCUAGUAUAUUAUCCUGUAUGUGGUGUUGUUUCCAUCUGGACUCUUUUAAAGAAAUUGAGACAUUUAAACUAUGUCUUGGUUCAGUCUCUGCUCUCCAAUACACAGAACAUCCCAUAGCAAAGUUGAGUCUUUAAAUGAGACUCUCCCUGAGUGUGCCCAGAUCUAUGCAACAUGUUACCUACGUUGGAGCUAUAAAGCAGGAUGCAAAGGUAGUUAAGUACUCAUGCAGUAUUUGUUAAGUGAAAACCCUCACCUUUAUAAAGAGUGGCUUUGAAUUUUUAUGCUUUGUUUCCUGAUGUUGUGCCAAGGAAGGCAGACUUCUUAAAGGAGUGGUGCUUAUUCAGAAUCAAGUGGAACAGCUGAAUUAUGCAGGAACAGUAAACUAACCACCCGGCCAAAGCUUAACUUUUCAUUUAAUCAAAGGCAAUUUUAAAAGCCAAGUUUGAUUAUAGAGUACUUGGAACCCGGACUGUUUAGGCAUAAAUCCUCUCUGUUAUUUGUGGGUUUUUUUGUAAGGGUAAGCACCUGAGAGGGCACCUCUGUGAGCAAAAGGUCAUCGUGUCAAUGGAGAGGGGGACCCAUAACUUCUUUAUUCUUCUUUAUUCGUCCUCAUAGUCAUCUCAGUUAUUUUUCAUAAUACAUUAUAUUUAGCAAGCCAGUGAUUUUAACCUUUAGAGUUUACAUGACCACUAAAUUAUUGAGGCAAAAAGAAAUUGAGAAGCACAGGACAGACUGAAAAAAGCAUCUUACAUUUCCCCCCUUCCAAGUGCCUAGUAAAGCAAAACUGAAAUGGCAGGAAACAUGCCAUUGGGAUCCUUUCACUGAAUGUUUUUUCCUCUUUUUAAAGAAUUGUAUUGCCAGUGAAAAUGUUGUUAACUUCUGGGAUGAAAAGUCAGGGUGCACUUUCUAUUUUCUUAACCCAGUGACAAAACUUUGCUCAGACUGUUAAGUAUGCUGUAUAAAAUCCGAGUGGAUUGCCAACGUGAUUGAAUUCAGUAGCUAAGUUCAGCUCCUUGGGUAAAUUGUUCCAUCAUUCCAACUGUCUGGUAGUAUUUAGUUUCUUGCCCUUUGCAAACCAGCACUGGUAUGGCAGGCAGUGCUUAGCACGGAGUGAAAAAUUAUUGCUUUAAAUGGCAAAAGAAAAAGAAAAAAGGAACUAAUUGGGUUCGAAUAUUUAUGGAGCUUAUUCUUGGCUAUAAUUGUCUUGCAUUGCAAUUUAAACAUAAGAGUUUUCUUUUUACUAUUUAUGGUCCCAUUUUUGUUUAUAUUGGCUCCGCCCUCUAUUGUUAAAAAUAAGGAGAAUGUAAAGCUUUUCAGAAUGGCAUUAUAAUAAUAUAUUUAAAAGCUUAAUAUAUAAGCAUGUGUGCAGCAAUAAAAUCUAUUUCAUUAGA